AUGUCAAAAUUAGAUGUAUAUCAACAACUACGACAAAAUGAUAAUUACAUAUACAAAUUAAUUCAACUUCCACCACAACUUCAAUCACAUUUAUCAAAAUUAAAGAAUAAUUUACAAUUAAAAUCAACUAAUAAUGGAAAUGUAUUGUUAGUAACAGAAGAUAAAACUUUUAAAUUAAGACAAAAUAAUCAAUCAAAUACUAUAUUAUUAAUGCGUCAUGAAAAUGAUAAAUUAAUAGGAUAUGAUAAAUGUUUUUAUCAAUAUGAAUUAAAUGAAAUAUUGGGGAAAAUUAUUAAUAGUAGUGAUAUAGAUAUACCAAUUUAUGAAAAUGAAAAAUCAAUACAGAAAAUUACGAAGAAACUAACUAAACAACAAUUAUUUAAUUUAAGUCCUUGUUCAAAAUUUGAAUUUGAAAAAUUAUGGAUAGAGAUGAAUUAUAUAAAUAUUGAAAAUCAAGUAUUUAAAAUUUCAAAUAAUUUAAUAACUGAAAUUUUAUAUGAUUUAAUUACUUUUUUAAUCAGUAAAAAUAAAUUAGAAGAAUUUAGAAAAGAAGAUAUUGAAAUAUCAUAUGAUUCAAAUCUUGUAAAUUCAAUAUUUUUAAAUUUUACAAUCACUACUAAAGAUAAUAAAUAUAAAUUAAAUGAUGAAAAAAUUAUAAAUUGGUUUGGUAUAAAUGAAUUAAAAAAAUUAAAAAUUGAAGAAGAAAAUCAAAUAAAAUUAAAUGAUUUUUAUUUAAAUUGGAAAAGUUCAUUACCUUCAUUUUAUAAUGUUUCAUUAUCAAUAACUUCCCUUAGAGGUAAUUAUUUAACAAAGACAAUUAAUAAAAUUGAAUUUAUUAAAUAUGUUCCCCUUGAAAAUUUAUCUCAAGAUCCAAUUAUAAAAUUUAAACAAUUAAUUUUAAUUGAACCUAUUUGGAAAUAUGAUGAAAUUUUAUAUUUCUUUAGUGAUUUUAUAAAGAGUGGUAAAAAAAUUGAUUCAAUUAUUUUAAAAUAUGGUAAAAAGAAAAAAAUUGGUUCAAAAUUUAUUGUUUGUAGUAGAUAA